UCGUUUGAUGUGGUCUUAGUCACUAAGACUUAGUCGUCACUCGGUCCCUGCAAGUUGAAUUGCGUGUGCCUGUCGGUUGUAAGGUUGUACGUGUUGUGUAGGUUGAGGUUGUGCUUGUGAGAGAAGUUGUGAGACUGUGGAGGAGGAAGAAGUGGAAGGUGUGGACGGACUCAGCUCAGGAGGGGUGAGUGGUGGGCCACUACUUCCGUUAUUCGAAACAGUGUCAUGAACAGCACUAGCAUGGAAUGGCAGGUGGGGAAGGAAAGUAUGCGAGGGGUCAGAGAGAGGAUUGCACCUUGGGAGUGGUUGUACAUAGACAUUGUUGCAAGCGUAUGCUCGCUGAUUGUUGCUUGUGCUGCAGAGCGGGAAGAAGUAUGCAAAUGCAUGGAAUUAUUGAAGAAAUCGUUUGGCAUUGGAAACAAUACAGAUGCACGAAUGCGAAUUCAAAAAGGAAUGCAAACCUGGACUGGAGGGAACAAAAGUGAUGAGUGCCACCAUUCACAGGGCAGAGGGUUGAGAGUAGGCAGAGGUCAAAGGCAAGCAACGAGGGCGAGUGUGGCACUCAAGAUUUAA